CAGGACGGCCUGACCUUGCUCGGCUGGUGGUAAGGCUCUAGCACGGGCACCACCAUGGCGGCCAGGCUGCUGCUGCUGCGCGUCUUCCAGCGAGUCGUGCCUCGCGCCCCCGGGCGGGCCUCCAUGGCGCCCACCUCCGCGCGAGCCAUGAGCGGAAUUCCUACUGAUGAAGAACAAGCUACAGGACUUGAAAGGAAAAUUCUGGAAGCCACAAAGAGAGGGGAAGAUCCAUACAACAUUUUCAAACCCAAGAAAUAUUCAGGAACCAAAGAAGAUCCUCAUAUUGUUCCGUCGAUUGGAGACAAGAGAAUAGUAGGCUGUAUCUGUGAGGAAGAUAACUCUGCUAUUAUUUGGUUCUGGGUACACAAAGGAGACGCCCAUCGUUGCCCUCAAUGUGGGGCUUACUACAAGCUAAGUCAUUAUGACCUUCCUCACUGAGAGAAAUGAUAAAGAAAACCAAAAGGCUUCCCCCCCCUCCAAGUUGUAGACUUAAUAAAAAUGUUUGCUUGUAA